UCCAGCCUUAUAAUGGUCCUAGGGGGAGGAUUAAGCCCACCAGAACGACUACUAACCCGACAGGCUACGAGAUAGCAGAGAAUAGCAGAGAACAGAAGUGCGUAACGAUGAAGACCUCCCAGUGCCAAACCAGAGUUUCUCAGAGCGGCAACGCGAGCAAAGUGACCAACCUCUACAGUAGCGCGAUGAGCCCGCUCAGCACCGUCAGCAUCACCCUUGCCGUUCUACUCAUCUCAGCAAUCCCCGUCUGCACUAGUGCUCCAGUAGUGCUGCCACGAGCAACAAUAGACCAGGACCAGCUUCUCAGUCAGGUGGAUGAGGUGUGCUCAGCCUACCUCUCUGCAGACCUGCCAUUUCGGCCGUCAGACCUGCUUGGAGAAGUGUGUGUCCUGAUGCUAGUUCAGAAGUCCAAGGAGUUGAAAACCCGUGACACCAGUAAAAGGCCCCCCAUGUUGCACCCUCUGCUGCAACUGGUUCCUCAGCUUGAUAAACGGCGAGGGAAAGGAAUCAGACUGCACGAGGACCUGAAGGGCCCGGCUGGCAUCCAGAGCAGAGGCUACUUCCUGUACCGGCCACGAAAUGGAAGAAGAUCUCUAGAAUAUGAAUAAAGAAAAAGUAUCAAGUGUCUGCUGGUUGAGCUGCUGUAUGGAGAGGAUCAGACCCCCCCUGUCCUAGGGAGAACCACACCCAUUCACGGCCCCUGUAUAGUGAUGUUGAAUGUAAACAAAGAAUCCUAAUAAAGUUGCUCAUCGUUUGUCC